AUUUAAUCUUCAGGAAAGUUGGGAAGUCGUGCUGACUCACAAAAGUAAAGAUUUCGUUUAGUCCAUAUGGUACAUUGCUCAUCAAACGAGCAACUCACACCUGCUCUCUUUUAUUCUCUCACGCUACAUAAGUCUGUCCGGUUAUUACAAAAACUUGGAAGUGCCGGCACCUUGAUUAAAAUGAAUUGUUUUAACUUGGAUGUCCAUUCUAGAUUUUGGGACCGGCUCAAGAUGCUCAACAUAUCCACUUUCAAAUAUGUGGUGGAAGGAUUUGUGGUUCCCAUAAUUUCGGUUUUUGGCCUCUUGGGAAACACGCUUACUAUCCUCGUGCUCAAUCAUCGAGAAGUGAAAUUGAAGCCAUCCUUGGUUCAAAUCCUCUGUGGAUUGGCCACAUUCGACAACUUGUUCCUUGUGUUUACCUUCUUCAUGUUCACCAUGCCAGCAUUGUCUUUGAGUUAUUCCACCCACGUGCUACCUUUUGUGGCUCCUUACUUGCUCCCCGCCACAAACACGCUCAUGACGUGCUCGGUUUAUGCCACCGUGGGAGUGGCCCUGAACCGCUACGUGGAAAUGAAUCCCAAUAUUCAUCUGGUCCCAUGGCUGGAAAAUGGCAUUGUUCAAUCUCUCUUUGUCUUCGUGUUUUCGGUAGCCUUCAACUUUUCGCGAUGGUUUGAGCUCGAAUACUCGUAUGAGUGGGUUGAGCGCAACGUCACACUCUCAAAUGGAACGGUGACCAUGAUGAACGUGUCAGAAAUCACCCUGAACGCGACGAAGCUGCGAUUGAGCGAAGAGUACAUCCGUUGGUAUUCUUUGGUGGUUAAUUCCAUUGUUAUGAUCAUUGCGCCCACGGUAAUCAUGCUUCAUUCUUCGUACAAGGUGUACAGUCGUCUUCAACAAGCCACCAUCAAUCUUUCGUCAGAUGCUCGAAUCCAAGCUCGGCUCAAGCGCAAUCAGAGCAUAACACGGACGCUCUUCGGAAUUAUCGCCAUGUUCCUUUGCUGUCAUUCUGGAAAGAUUGUCAUCUCCAUAUAUGAAGUGAUUUCAGUGAUCAUGAACGAAGGCGGGAUAUUAACUGAAUUUGCCCCUUGGGCCAAACAUCUGAUUGUCAUCAACACACUCCUCGUGGUCUUUAAUUCCUCCAGUAAUUUCAUCUUGUACUGCGGCGACGUGGUUUUUAGAGAGUGCUUGGCCGCAAUGAGCUUUGCCAAUUGCUCGUGCCACGAGUCCUGCUUUCCGCUGUCGAUUGGUGAUCGAAGCUCAAUAAACACCAGCCGCUAUCAUCAGAGUCGUCAUCAUUUGGAUGUUGAAGGCUCAAUGAGGAAUCCUGAUGUGUCGACAUUCAUUGAAGGACACACAGGCAUUGCGAGACCUUCGGAGGGGAUUGGUCGGCGAUCCAAUCAUCUAACGAGCCAAAGGCUAGAUUUGGACCCUCAAUCAAAAAUUCUGCUGGGCAUUGACACAAGGCCAUUAGAGCGACAUGAAUCGAAUUGACUCGUUCCAAAAGCCCACGUGCUUUAGGAGCCUCUGGCGAACCGGUAUGAAUUCAUAAAAUUAUCAAUCGACGCUCCAAGGUACCAUUCCGCAUUUGACAAGCUGAAGAUGAAUAUUCGAUAUUUGGACUUACCAAAGACUUCGCCUAGAAGAUGGUGUCCAUGUACGAUACGUUUGUUCAAUGAAUUCAAGACCAUCUCAAACCUUUACUAUUCAAUGCCACAUCCAAAGUCGAAGCUAACGAUGGUUAGGAAACAGAUCAUUGUAUUGCUGCUUAUGAAG